CAUCCAGGUUACCCCCUCGCUCUAUUUUAUCGGCAUUACCUUUUCUACAAGGACAGCUACCUCAUCCACCUCUUCCACACCUUUACGGGCCUCUCAAUUGCUUAUUUUAACUUUGGAAACCAGCUCUGCCACUCUCUGCUCUGCGUUGUGCUGCAGUUCCUCAUCCUCCGGCUCCUGGGCCGCACAGUCACUGCCGUCCUCGUGACCUUUGGCCUCCAGAUGGCCUACCUUCUCGCUGGCUACUACUACACAGCCACUGGCAACUAUGAUAUCAAGUGGACAAUGCCACAUUGUGUCCUGACGCUGAAGCUGAUUGGUUUGGCCAUGGACUACUUUGACGGAGGGAAAGAUCCGAGUUCCUUGACCUCUGAGCAGCAGAAGUAUGCCAUACGGGGUGUCCCUUCCCUGCUGGAAGUAGCUGGUUUCUCCUACUUCUAUGGGGCCUUCCUGGUGGGACCCCAGUUCUCAAUGAACCACUACAUGAUGCUGGUGCGGGGACAGCUGACUGACGCACCAGGAAGGAUACCCAACAGCGCCGCCCCUGCCGUCAAGCGCCUGAGCCUGGGCCUCGUCUACCUGGUGGGCUACACGCUGCUCAGCCCGCACAUCACGGAAGACUACCUCCUCACCGAGGACUACGAAAACCGCCCUUUCUGGUUCCGCUGCAUGUACAUGCUGAUCUGGGGCAAGUUUGUGCUGUACAAGUACGUCACCUGUUGGCUGGUCACAGAAGGCGUGUGCAUCCUCACGGGGCUGGGCUUCAACGACUUCACAGAAGCGGGCAAGGCCAAGUGGGACGCCUGCGCCAACAUGAAGGUGUGGCUCUUCGAGACCACCCCCCGCUUCACUGGCACCAUCGCCUCGUUCAACAUCAACACUAACGCCUGGGUGGCCCGUUACUUCUUCAAACGACUCAAGUUCCUUGGAAACAAAGAGCUCUCCCAGGGCCUCUCGCUGCUGUUCCUGGCCCUCUGGCAUGGCCUGCACUCGGGAUACCUGGUCUGCUUCCAGAUGGAAUUCCUCAUCGUCGUGGUGGAGAGACAGGCCGCCAGGCUGAUUCGGGAGAGCCCCACCCUGAGCAACCUGGCCUCCGUGACUGUCCUGCAGCCCGUCUACUACUUGGUGCAACAGACCAUCCACUGGCUCUUCAUGGGUUACUCGAUGACUGCCUUCUGCCUCUUCACGUGGGACAAGUGGCUGCAGGUGUACAGGUCCAUCUAUUUUCUUGGCCACGUCUUCUUCUUGAGUCUACUACUCAUAUUGCCUUACGUUCACAAAGCAAUGGUGCCAAGGAAAGAGAAGCUAAAGAAGAUGGAAUAAUCUGUCUCCUGGGCGGCCUGCAGCAGGACUGGCGCCGAAACAUGUCUCCCUCUCACAGCGCUCCCUCGCCCCUGAGCAGAGAACAGAAAGCCAG